AUGUCCGUGAAGAUAUCAAGCCAAGCCCGACCAUCUAAUCGAGUCACAGAACAACCGAGGACCAACAGAAACGCGACUCUAGUUACUCAAUACGGAAGAGCGACGGGGCACUUAAGCUUCGCAAAUAAUGAGUGGGAGACUUCGGCCACCAAGUCUUCCCUUGUGUCCAUCGGCACUCACCAACUCUUCGCAUCUGUCAGCGGCCCCGUUCGCACGCCGGGUGAACCAAUAGUCAUCAUCUUCGCGGGCUCUGGAGAGGCCUCCUCAUCAUACCCUGCUCUCGAACGGCUCGUGUCCAAGUUUGCCCGCAUCCUCCUCUAUGACCGCUCAGGCCUGGGCCGAAGCGAGGAUGGACCGAACCGUGUGUCAGCAACUACUGCAGCGGAGGAGCUUCAUUCCUUGCUAAAGGCCACCGGCAUUGCCGCCCCAUACAUUUUGGUUGGCCAUUCUUAUGGCGGUAUCGUUGCUCGAGAGUAUCUGCAUCUGAACCCGGAUGAUGUGGCCGGGAUGGUGCUUGCAGAAAGCUCUACGGAAAGACAGUGCCAGUUCUUCCGAAUCCCGGAUCCAAACAUCCUGGCCGUCAUGGGAGACCUGAAAUUCUCUGAGAUUACGGAGCUGAGAUCCCGUUCACAGCUGACUCGCGACGAGUGGAGGACGAGAGCGGCCGAGACUGCUCGGGGAGUGAAAGCUCAGCAAGCUGAGGCCGCAGCCUUCGCAGAAAAUUGCGAGGCUCUUGCCCAGAAGGAUCAAUAUAACAAACAAGCGCUGGGCACCAGACCACUCAGCGUGAUCAGAUGUCGGAGUUCAAGGGAUUAUGAAAGAAUAUACGAGAGCGGAAUCAGGGCAGGCAAUGGCACAGAGGAACAGAGGAAAGCAUUUCGGCAUCUACUGGAUCAAUGGGAUAACAUCAAUGAAGAUUUGCAAGGGGAACAGUUGAAGCUCUCCUCUCAGUCUCGCUUGGUCGAUAUUCCCGACUGUGGACACAAUGUCAAUCUUGUUCGACCAGAUGUGAUGGCUGAAGAGAUUCGCUGGGUGAUUCAAAGUGUCAGAAAUCAGCACAAAACCGAUAACCGUCUCUAA